UUUUCAUUUUAUCGACUCGCAUCACAAUUUGUGUGAAAAUAGUUUUCCACUUUCAAAAUUCGAGUGUCUGGGCUUGGUCAUGCCAUCGUCUGUGGAUCACGUGGUACACCACGUACUGGCCCCAAUGGCAAUCAACGUCCUCGAUUGCGUGGUGCCAGUUAUCCGCCAAUUGGUGAUCAUCAUGCAUCAGGCAUUUCUGGUUGAUCACCAGGAGUCGGAGCCCGUGAUCGAUGUGUCUGGCAUGAUUCAGCCCGUCCGUAAAAUACUCUUGAUUGUGAACGAUCCAACGCCGGAGCACCAUGUCCACCAGGAGCCGGUGGUCAAUACGGAUGACAUCAACGUCCUAAUAAAUGAAAUUUCGCGCAGCAUCCAAAAUCUGGCCCGUUCGACCUACGAUACCAUCUCGGCGAUGGCUGGAGAGUAGCCCCAGAGUUAGUUGUCAUCGUGGACGACCCGAAAAUCCGACAUCGACCCUCCUGAUCCCCCAGAAGAUCCUGCUCCUUCGCCCAAGACAUGGAAAUGGUUCACACGGCCAUCGGGGUUGCGGGCAUAUUGGCCAUGUUCAUGGUGGUGACCCGUUCGGUAACUCAAGUAGGUGGCCUGGUGUUGAACCAAGCCCGUGAUCCGAUUGCUGACCUUGUGACCCGCGGUGGUCCAGUGGCGGAUCAGCUGUCCGCCGUCGAGGGGGAAACUCCUCUAGUGGAGGGCGAUCGCAUGGAUGGCGCCUGCUCCGUGGUACACAGUAUUGGAGGCAAGGCGUGCGCCUUGGUGGGGCCAUUCCUUCCAAAGUUUGCCACUGAACGGAAUUCCGAGGGUUCCUCGAAGGAUGACGAAAAAGAUAAAAUGGACUCGGAGCAGCCAGUAGUAAAAUCUGAAGCUCCGCCUCCGGCAGAACUCUCGGAAGAGGAGUAGGAUCUAGUCAGCGAUGAUGUCGAAUGGAAGGCUACCUGAAUGUAAAAGAAAAAUUUUAAGUAUUCUCUAGUUGGCCUUGGACAUAAACAUCACCUUUUUUGUCGGCUUUGUGUGAUUCGAAAUGAGAAGAGCUCAUUCAUUUUGAACAGCUUGGACUGAACACAGCUCUUUCGUAAAAUAGAACACAAAACAAA